AAGGUGAUGCUUGAUCGAAAUUUGUUUCUAGUAGAUGUUGUUAAGGAAAACAUUGGGAGGGUAUUGAAACUCGACUCCAUUGAAGGAGGCCAACUAUGGAAAGGAAUUGACUUGCUUAUCUUCAACACUUGGCAUUGGUGGAACCGUCGUGGACCCACUCAACCAUGGGAUUUUAUUGAAGUAGGAGGCGUAAUUAAGAAAGACAUGGACCGUAUGCUUGCUUUCGAAACCGCACUCAGAACAUGGGCUGCAUGGGUGAAUGCCAACAUCAAUCCUUCAAAAUCUCGCGUCUUCUUCCAGGGAAUUUCUCCAUCACAUUACAAUGCAUCGUCAUGGAACGAAGCAAAGGCGAGGAGUUGUUUAGGGCAAACGCAGCCAUUGCUUAGCUCAAGCUAUCCAGAUGGUGUUCCACCAGCUUUAGGUGUGCUGAAGAAGGUGUUGAACACAGUGAGAAAGGAUGUCACGUUGCUCGAUAUAACAAUGUUGUCGUUGCUACGGAAAGACGGGCAUCCGUCGAUAUAUGGGACCGGAGCGGCGAACGGGAUGGAUUGCAGCCAUUGGUGUUUAGCCGGAGUUCCAGACACUUGGAACGAGAUUCUUUACAGUCUUAUUGUUUGAGUACAAUAAUAGUUUGUUGAUAUUAGCUAAUAAUUUUCAGUGAAAAAGUAAAAAGAUAAUAACGUUGUAUAAAUGAUAGAUUGUUGAUUUGAUUAUAAUGAGGAUUUGAAUGGCUGUUAUAAUU